UGACAAGCUUUGUGCAUUUGUGUGCAUGUGUAUGCAYAUGUGUAGGUAUGCAAGAAUAUAAAAUGUAAUAGGUUUUAUAGCUCCUUUAUUAGCAUGGGAGAUGAACUAGAAACCUCCUGCAAGGGAAGAACUUCCAGAACAAAUUCUAUAUCCACAAAGAAUCCAAGAACACCAAGUACACCAUUUGUUUCUCCAGUAAUAAGAAGAUGCRAACAUGAAGAUAAGGAACAAAAUAAGAGAGCCAAGAAAACGAAAUUUGAAGACAAUUAUAAGGAAGGAAGAACUUGUUUAUUCCAAGAACAAGAUGAAAGAAUGCAGAUCCAUAGCAGCGUUACUGGCAGUGGAGAUGACUUGAAAGCAGUUUACAGUGAUGCCUCUUAUGAUCAUGAACCAAGCACAUCAACCAGUCAGAAUGAUGUAGAGUUAAAGAAACUUCACUGGAUUCUAAAGGACAAGCAGGAGACUUUACGGAAACUGAAUUUAGUUAGAAUGUACAGAAAAAAGAAUGAUCUCCAAACCUUGCAAGGGCUCAUAAACAAGUGGCGCAGGGUUAGCCAAGAAGGUGCUACAAGUUUGCUUAACUCAAUAUCUGAGGGAGAUACACCAAACAUGAGCCAACUUUUGAAUGAACUACAAAUAAAUCAGCAACUUAUUCAUUAUUCCAUUGAAAAUGAAACUUUUUGGUGAUGGGCCAGUGCAAGCCAAGGCGAGAUACGUGCAGUCCCUUUGUGACAUAUCCCUCUAUAGCCACAUGACGAACAGUUCGCAGCUCGACUCAGUCGAUCACAAGGCGCCUCAUUUUGAUUCUCAACCACACCAGAACGUUUUUGUUUCAUUACUUCAACCCUGACUCUAUAUUUUCCACCUACAUUGGUUGGUACAGUGAAAAUGGCAAUAUCCGCUUUAUGAUGUUCUCCGGUUUUAUCAUCUUGUAACAAAAGUCUGUAUUUGAAUGCUCGAUUGUCCUGUACAUUCCUGAGAGACAAAAUAUGGCGAAGAGUAAACUUGUUUUCUUCUUUKGCACCUUUGUAGUUCUGAGCAGCAAAUUCAGCUGCUUUACAAAGCACAUAAAGUUGUCUUGGAGAAUGCAAGUAACUGUCAAGUGGACUUUUAUUUGGGAGAUGCUUAAAGUACAGAAAAUAUUCCUGUUCUUCUUUAGGAUCAACAGAAAUCACUGUAGUGACGUUUAAAUGUCGACUAGAUAAAACGACAGAUAUCGGCGGAAGGAAACAGAAUAAAGCCAAGAGAAUCAGUCCUGACAUGGUUAAUAAUGCCGACGUACGACGGUUGCCUUUCAGUAAUAUUGUUUGAAAGUUUACUCAUAUUGCUGUUGUAUACAGCAUUCUAGAAUACCACAUAAACCAAAAACCACGAAAAUAUUGUUAUUAAACUGAGAAUUGUUAUAGGAUAGUGAGUGCUUGUGGCGUCAUAAACGAGUUACCUGCAAGGCACCUGCAGUGGGCAGCGCGGUCUGGCUAUUUAACAACUGGCAUAUCAAGCGCUGUUUAUACUUCUUUUUACCAUCGCAUAACUUGCUCAGUAGUGAUGGACUAACAAGAAAUUAAUAUUAGUGUGUCAUUGAUAAUCCUAAGUCUUAGUUGAAACCAGUUAUUUUAGUACUGAUCUCCUGCGACGGCAGGUACCGGUAAACCAAUUUUUCUUUGGCGAUUUUCAAUAAAGUUUCGAUUGCAUCAUUUGUAUUAGUAAAGAAUAAAUUUUU